ACAACCAUCGAUCGAAGCAUCGCUCGUCACACCACGAGGUUUUUCUGCUUUAAGAUUGAGAUGCUCUGUGUCGUCACGAGUUCAUACUCUCCCUGAGUGUGCGUGAGAGAGAGAGAGAGAGAGAGAGAGAGAGAGAGAGAGAGACCAUGGAGAAGAAGACGGUCGUUCUGUACCCGGGCCUCUCCGUGAGCCACUUCGUCCCGAUGAUGCGGCUCGCGGGGCCCCUCCUCGACCACGGCUACGCCGUCUCCGUCGCGCUCAUCGAUACCGGCGUCAAGCAGGUCAUCGCCUUCAACACCGUCGUCGGCCGCGUCGCCGCCUCCAUGCCGUCCGUCCGCUUCCACACUCUCCCGGCCGUGGAGGACCCGCCCAAGCUGGCCCAGGACGGGCAGUUCGUGCUCACGUACCUCCACCUCGUGAGCCGCUACAACGAGCGCCUCCACGACUUCCUAUGCUCCAUGCGCGUCCAUGCCGUGGUCGUCGACUCCCUGUCCAAUGCGGCGCUCGCCGUCGUCAAGAGGCUCGGGAUCCCCGGGUACACCUUGUUCACUUCCAGCGCCGCCACCUUCGUCGCCUUCGCCCAGCUCCCUACGGUCCUCGCAGAGAGCGGUGCGAGCUUCAAGGAGCUAGGAGACACCCCUCUCGAGCUCUUCGGCCUUCCGCCCAUGCCGGCUUCGCACCUGUCGGGCGAUGUGCUCGAGGACCCGGAGAGCGACACAUACAAGGCGAUGAUGGCCUUGCUGUGCCGGAUCCCAGAGGCCGACGGCACGCUGGUGAAUACGUUCGAGUCGCUGGAGGCUCGUGCGGUGGCUGCUCUCAGGGACCCUCGGUGUGUCCCCGGCCGGGCAUUGCCUCCGGUGUACUGCAUCGGUCCAUUUGUCGGCAGCAUCGCCGACGCCGAGGCAAAAGAGCGGCACGAUUGCCUCGCCUGGCUAGACAGCCAACCGGACGGCAGCGUCGUGUUCCUCUGCUUCGGGAGCAUAGGCACUGGAAACCACUCCGCGGAGCAGCUCAGGGAGAUCGCCGUCGGCCUCGACAAGUCCGGCCACCGCUUCUUGUGGGUUGUGCGAGCCCCCGCCAGCAACGACCCGGAGAAGCCACACGACCCCAGUGCCGACCCGGACCUCAACGCGCUCAUGCCGGACGGGUUCAUGGAGCGAACCAACGGCCGUGGCCUCGUGGUCAAGCUGUGGGCGCCACAGGUGGACGUCCUCCGCCACAGGGCCACGGGGGCGUUCGUGACGCACUGCGGGUGGAAUUCGGUGCUGGAGGGCGUCACGGCAGGCGUGCCAAUGCUGUGCUGGCCACUGUACUCGGAGCAGAAGAUGAACAAGGUGCACAUGGUGGGGGACAUGGGGAUCGCCGCGGAGAUGGUCGGGUGGCAGCAGGGGCUGGUCAAGGCCGGCGAGGUGGAGGCCAAGGUAAGGCUUGUGAUGGAGUCCGAGGAGGGUAGGGAGCUCAGGGCGCGAGCGGCGGCGUACAGGGAAGCCGCGGCUGUGGCUUGCAACGACGGCGGGUCGUCGCGCUUGGCGUUUGCCCAGUUCCUGGCGGACGUGGCCAGCCGGCAGGAUCGAGCUUGCAGCGAGUAAGUGAUGCAUGAGCUUGGCAUGCCGUACAUGUUGCAUCAGUAUGGGACUGCGUGUAUUUAUCUUUUUCUUUUUCGUUUGGAAGAGCUAGCACCGUAUGUUUGUGUGCAAUAAUCCUACAUCUGCACCAUC